CAAACCUUUAAACAGAGGCUCAUAAGGACACCACAAUAUGACACGAAGGCCAUCGGAUAAUACUGAAGUAACAUCGGAUGCGGUUGAUCCGCAAACCACACCAAUUCCUACAAAAAUUGUCAGUAAUGAUGAAUCAGACAUUGUGGAGAAGGAAAAGGAGAAGGUGGACUUCACCAAAGGUGGAGUAGACAAGUUUAAAUUCUAUCCUGACAAUCCUGAAAAUCAUCGUCACAAAUAUCGGUGGACCAUGAAGGAGCCAUCGAAAUUUUAUGAUCCGUGCGAAGAAAGUAGACAGGCAUCGCUAAAUUGUAUAUUGAGAAAUCAGGAGGAUCGAACCGUGUGUCAGGAUUUCUUUGAUGCCUACAAGGAAUGUAAGAAAGAUUUCUUUAAUAAGAAGAGAAAGGACAGACUUGAAGGACGUAGUGGAUGGGGGAUAUGGUGAUAUACGAUUUUAAGUAUAUAUUAUUCAUAAAUACGUUAAGUACAUAUACACAAAUACGUUAAGUACAUAUACACACACAUUAAAUACAAACUUGUACA